GUCAUACCUACUGUCAUUUUUUAUAUUAUGGACCUUUCGAUUGAAAUGUAUUUUUAAAAUUAUUUUCAGUUAUUUUCAGAGUCAAUUUAGUUUUUAUGUUAUUUUUUUAUUUACUCAGUAUAUUUUAGACACGUUUACGUGUUAUCUACUAAAUCAUGCCUGAAUGCGUACCAUGCCCCGCGUGCCCCGCGCCCCCCGCCCCGGCCGGCGGGCCGUGCCCCUGCCGCACCUGCUGCUGCGGCAAACCUGCGAAAGUCAACCCGUGCUACAAGCAACCUAAGAUUCCUGACUCGUACGCCCCACGCCGGUGCUACGUCAAACCGACGGCUCCUGUCGAAGGCUGCACGACCUACAAGCUUUCCUAUUUGCCGACAUGCGACAGCAAGAAUCUGCGCGGAGUGGCCAGGAAACCGGCGCCUAACCUCGUGCCGAGCUGCGAGCCUAUGGAGGGAUGCACUGUGCAGAAGUUAUCCUUCCUACCGAACCCGGUGUGCGUGACGCAGCCGAUCCGGCCGUGCCACCACGACAUGUGGGGACAGGGCCCCAUGCAGGCCAUCACCACGCAGCGCCACGACUACGUGCCCAAACCCUCCGUGGUUCGAGAAAGCUGCAAGCCGCCACCGAAGUUCCACUGCGUCGAGCAACCUUUCGAAAAUCGCACGGUGAACAAGCUGUCGUACCUGCCUCCCGAGCGGGUGCCGCUGGUGAAGUCGUUUGCGCCCGAGCGCUGCUAUGAGAAGCCCGUCGCGAAAAUGGACGGCUCUACCACACACAAGAUGAGCUACAUGCCUGUCCCGAUAAAUCCGAAGGAGCCACUCCCGUGGGCGUGUCGGGGUCAAUAUCAGAAGCCGUGCCAGAAGUUAGACGCUAGCACUACUUACACUAUGAGUUACUUGAACGCGGAAAGCGAUUGCCGGCGACGCGCGAUCAUUCCUGAUUCUUGCGGUAACCCCGUGACGUCCUCCAAGAGAUUCGAUACGCAGACCAUUUACAAGAACAGCUACUUGCCGGCGGCAGCCCCGAUCCCUUCGCCGGUGAAGCCGGUGCCCAAUCUAGUUCCGUCCACAGCCAUGAUGGAGGGUGACACCGUGCAGAAGCUGUCCUUCCUGCCGAACCCGGUGUGCGUGACGCAGCCGAUCCGGCCGUGCCACCACGACAUGUGGGGACAGGGCCCCAUGCAGGCCAUCACCACGCAGCGCCACGACUACGUGCCCAAACCCUCGGCCAUCAGGGAAUCGUGCAAGCCGCCGCCCAAGUUCCAUUGCGUCGAGUCGCCGUUUGAAAACCGUACCGUGAAUCGUAUGUCGUACAUCAACCCGGGCCCCGCGCCGCCCGCGGCCUCCUUCGCACCUGUCAAGUGCUACGAGAAACCUGCAGCCAAGAUGGAGGGUUCAACGACCCACAAGCUGUCGUACCAGCCGGUGUGCGCGCCGGCGCCGCAGCGGCCGCCCUGGGCCUGCAAGGGCCAGUACCAGAAGCCGUGCCAGAAGAUCGACGCGACGACGGUCUACAGGUCGUCGUUCUUGCCGCCCGGAGAGGACUGCUCUCAGUACAUCGACCCCUGCAGCUACGGUGAUUGCAAACCGUGCGACUGCACGUGCCCAGCGGAGUGCAUCGCCACGGACCCCUGCGCGUGCGCGUUCCCAAGAGCGGCGUGCUGCAGCUAGCCGCCGCCAUAUUGCCUCCAAAUUGAGCGUGUUCAAAAUGGCGCCCGUCUCAAAAUGGCGCCAACUCACUGAUGUGCCGUCGGAAAGUUUCCAGAAUAACGAAAUUUCCG